AUGAACAUGGAUCUUAUUCCUCCCUCUUACGAAUCAGCAACAGACAGAGAUGCUUGGACAAUUAUUGCUCGUUAUAUCCCUUCCAGCGACCUAUGCGCUGCAUCUUUAGUCUGCCACAGAUGGCAUGGUCUAUUUAUGCCCUUCCUCUGGGGUGAUCCAGCAUCUCACUUUGGUACAGAUAAUGACGCAGUCUACGUGGCUCUCACUCGAUUUCGAAGAACACUCAAAUACGCCCGACAAGAGGUGCGGGCGUUGACCCAUACCCUUCAUCUCCCACCCGCUCUCUCAGAAAUAUAUGGUGGUCCACGGCCAGGCUGGUUGAGGGACAUUCUCGAAUGUCUACCUUGUCUGCAAUGCCUGAUGGUCUCCAAGUUGCCGUUCUUUGACCACCAUGCCAUGAAAGCAUUGAAAACCGACGAGAGAUCGAACCAGUAUAAUAUCCGGCUCUUGUUAGCUGAACGUGAGCCGAAUACUACUUCUGCCAGCCUCGCAGAUACUCUCGUUUUGUUUCCGGCAUUGACCUAUCUGGAUCUUUCGUACACCACCCCAGCACGAGACCGCAAUGUACUGUCUACACUAGCUCAAAUGCCGUUUCUCCGGGUACUUAAAUUGCGUGCCAUCGGACUUAAGGACAAUGACGUGGAAUUUCUAGCCAAUGCAAUUGGACGACGAGUCCGUUGUCUGGAUUUGAGAGACAACAUCCUCACUGAUAUGGCAGUCCGCUCCUUGCUCGAGGCAUCUUUUCUCCCGCCAAACGGGAGAGAAAGGCAACAUACUACAAGGCAGGCCACCGCUUCACCAGACCCCUUCUCUCACUUUUCAAUUAAUGAGUCUGGCUCGGAUUUCUUCAAACGGCCAGACUUAGAUGAACAGUUUGCGAAGCUUCUUGCUCAGCCUGUUUUAUACCAUCCAUGGGUCGAAGACUUGCCGCAUACGGGAAUUACCCAUCUUUAUAUUACUGGCAAUCAAAUAUCUGUAGAGGCUGUGGCGAGUCUUUUGUUCUCGUCCCGGCUACAUGCUCUGGAUUUUGGGACCAUAAAAAUUCCAGAUAAGGCACAUCAGACGCAUCAUUAUGGGAAGGAGAAGUAUCCUGGAACUGAGAAGCUCGUCCCAAUACUGGGCAAGGUUGCAGGGGACAAUUUGAUAUAUUUACGAGCACACCAUGCUGUUCUCACUGGCCAACCGCCAGCGAAAGACGUUGCAUCCAACAAUGAGUUUCUUCCAGAGCUUUCGGCGCAAGAUAGCCCCCGCGAAGCUGAGCAAUUUGAGCUGGAUACCUCCCAGCAGGUUUAUGAGUUACCCGAAGAGACAAGGCCUAUUUUUGAACUUGCAGAUACAUCAACAACCGACUCAAUUAGCUCAUCUUCGACGACAAAAACGGCAGAGACCUCCCAACUAUUGACAGCAUACGAGGAUGAGCCUUCGCCGUCAGUCAGGCGUGGGUCAGCUUUUGCGCCGGAGGUUGUACAGCCCACCCCUGUGCAUAGUAGCACCAAUCAAGAGACGGUCUUCGGUGCUUAUAGGACAGACACUUGGGAUACAGAGCAGGUCGAGGGAGGUACCUUGCCAUCCAUUUCAAUGUCUUCAGACUGCGACACGCUUGCGACGGACUUCUCUCUCCAAGGAACCUUGCAAUGCAGCUCGUCCAUCUCACCGAACGAUUCUCCCGCACAAAUGGUACAGAAAUUAUUGGCAAAGCGCCCACGUAACCAAUCAAUUCCACUCCAAGGAGGAAAAGAAAGCCGAUUCCCUUACCUACACCCAUCACAUAUUCCUCAUAUGGAAUCAUUGGUACUGACGGAUGUACCCUCACAUAUAACGCCCAACUCAUCAAUACUAUCUACGCUCAUUCGGUUCAUUACUGCCUGCUCAAGUGAAGCAUUGCUAGCAAUUUUACAAGCAGGGUCAGACUAUUCCCUCCCACCAGGGCAAGCUCGCAUGCAAGCCGAGCAGCAGCGGUCACGAUCUCUCUUUGGUCUGCGACGUCUAAUUCUCGAAAUUACACCUAUCGAUACCUCCAAAUUGACAUCAUGGAAACCCGGAAACCAGUAUAAUGCCAAAGGCUAUUCAAGCACGGGUGACCGCGACUCGGAGAAUCUUUGGUCUGCAGCUGCCGAUGAUUUCAGCUUCUUCGGCGAAGAAGAGUGUGGAGUCCCUGAAAAUGAUCCUAGCAAAUACUUUCCAAUGGCUGCACUUAACGAAAAGGUCUCGCUUAUGCCCUCGGAGGAUGACUCGUUGCGUUCACCCGAUUCUCCUCAACUCGGACAUCACCUUCCACAAAGCAAUACUCCCGGUCCGCCAGGGACUGCUGGAGACAGAAAGCAGCAGAGCCAGCCCCCGAUGAUUGACCUUGUGGCAGAGCUUGCAGCCUUUCGUCGGGGCAAGAAGGUUGAGUAUGACAAAGUAGUUCAUCGUGAGAGAGGACGGCGAAGCACGAUUGGCACGAGUAGUUCCGGCCUAAUCAUGCCAUCAUCGCCCCAUAUUUCCCUAUCGCAUUACGUCGAAGGCCAUUGGAAGGGAGAAGUGAAGAUCGUACGAAACCCGAUGCCAAAGGUGCGGACCGGAACGGUAGACAUGUAUGGAAACUAUUUCGAGAAGGGGUACCUGUACCCAUGA